AGGGAGAGGGAGAGCGAGAGAGAGAGACAAGGUGGCGGGCCGAAUCACUCCCCGUGUAGCAGUCGUCAUGAAGGUCGUGGUGGUGGUAGCGGUAAUAGGCGCAUUGCUCGCCUUUUCUAAAACAGCAGAGGGCGCAAGUAAAGGCCCUAAGGUUACACAUAAGGUGUGGUUCGACAUCACCAUCGGGGGCGAACCAGCUGGCCGCGUGGAAAUCGGACUGUUUGGCAAGACUGUUCCUAAGACGGUUGAGAACUUCUACCAGCUGGCCUUGAAACCGGAGGGGGAGGGGUACAAGGGCUCCUCAUUCCACCGAGUCAUAAAAGAUUUCAUGAUUCAGGGUGGAGACUUCACUAAGGGUGACGGCACUGGAGGCCGCAGCAUUUAUGGUGAACGGUUCGAGGAUGAGAAUUUUAAGUUGAAGCACUAUGGGUCUGGCUGGCUGUCCAUGGCGAACGCUGGGAAAGACACUAAUGGUUCUCAGUUUUUCAUCACGACUGUUAAAACUUCCUGGCUUGAUGGACGACAUGUUGUGUUUGGAAAGAUCAUCGGUGGUAUGAAAGUGGUGAGGAAAAUUGAAGCCAGCAAGACUAGUGAGAGAGACAGGCCAGCAAAGGAGGUGAAAAUUGCCGAUUGUGGUGCGGAGGAAGUCUCUCAGCCCUUCUCAGUCGACAAGGACAAUGCCAGUGAGACAGACUAGGUGCGGCAGGGGCUGUGGGGGCUGUGGGAGAGUGUGGAGACGCCUGAAUUAGCUAGCUGUUAGGAAAUGUGUGUUUUUUUGGUGUUUUUUCUAAUUUUUUCGGUUUUUUUUGUGGUUCCUCGUCUUAAGGGGAGAGUCCGGUUUGGAUGGGUGUUUCUGUAUCUCUGCUAAAUAAGCAUGAAUCGCUCUGAUUUUUAUGUUGUGAAGUAUUGGCAACAUGUAUAUCAAUAUUAGACAUUGAUCCCCUUUCUUGCCCCCACCCCCCCUCAUCCCCACCCCCCCCAAUUCCAAUUUCAAGGAAAAUUUUAAAACUUUUCACCGUCGUUAUUAAUUGGCCCACAACCUUUAUUUUUCUGUGGCUUAGAGAUGUUAUGAUACCUAACAAAGUUACGUAGGCAGAUUUUUCAUUUUGGCUUUUGGUUUUGUUUUAUGAUUUUUUCUUUAUCUGUCUUUCUUUCGCCUUUUUUUUACCAAAAAAAUAUUAAUACAAAAUUACAUGAGACCUAUAUAAAAAAAACGCCUACGUAACUUUGAAGAAGAAGUAUUCUUCUGUGUUUUAGUUUUUGUUUCAUUGAAAUCAAGCUAAAACUAACUCCUGUGAAAACUUUUAAAGGGGGAUAACUUAUGUUUUGAGAUACGGGCCGAUAAAGUUUAUUGAUCGAUUACGAUCCAGUUAUAAUACACUAGGAAGCUUUUUCAGGUUUAUUAUGAGUUCUUUUUUAUCAUAAUCAAUCUAUUGAUACAAUCAGAUGUAUUUCUAAGUAUAUCAGGCUCCUGGUCCCCCAUUGCCUUCGAAAAGGCAAUGUAUUAUCUUGUCAAGCAAGGGGUGUCAAAGUUGCCCACACUUCUCUUUGUUGCCAGGUUUUUUAGAAGCCACCAGGUUCGUACUCUGCUGAUGCUUUCUCUUUCUGCUUUCUUUUCGGCUUCAUCUGGACUUCGUGGUGCCUCUUUCUUUCUUCAUCUUCUGUUGUGAGAGAUCUUCUUAGCGCCUUCGUAUUGAUAUUCAAUGCUGGCAGCAAACAGGCUUUCCUGUAACCAUAAUUAUGGUCCAGUAUUGCUGACUGUGCAACAAAUGAGAGUCUUUUCAAGCCAGAAAACUUUGUUUUGCUUGCCCGUGACCACAUCUUGCUGUGAAAGCUCUCAUUAGCAUUUUGUGUCAGUCCACGGACACAUCUCUCCAGGAUGUCUUUCGUUGUCAGAGCAUCGUAGACUUGUCUGAUUUUAUUCUGCGCCUCUUGAUCUAGGUUGACCACUAGAGAUUUUUUGUGCUUGAUUUCUUCUCUGUUCUUGCCCUCGGCUAGUGCUUUCUGGAAAAAGCACCAUGAAUUGAUGCCUUCUUCACAAAGUCCAUGGCGGGGCUUUUCAUCAGUGCUGAAAAUAUGAUGAAAACUACUCAUGACAGCUUUCUUCAUUGUUAUAUAGUCAGCACCAACAUUAUCCCUGAUGUGUUUGCCAAAGAAACUUUGCAUCUUGUCAAUGGCUGUGUCGGUCAACUUGUUGCGUCCGCCAAGGAGACUCCUGCGAAUCUUGCUGCCAGUCUUCGUUAUCGUGUCAACCUUCUCUUGCUCCCGUAAUUUCCUGAGCCGAGUCCCCAGUCUCUUCUGCACGUGGUUGAUGCACUCUAACUUGGUAACUUUAGUAUCUUGGUAUGGGCCAUUCCCGUUAUUCAUGGCGAGUACUGCUUUGUACGAGUUGGCAUCACCAUCUGAAACCAAGUUUUCAUACUCAAAUUUCAGGUCUCGGGAACGUGCGAAGAGACGUCGGGCUGCUUCCACCUCCAUCCCACCUGACGGGCCUUCAUAGUUGCUACCACAACUUCCAUCAGCAUCAUGUUUAGUCUUCCAGGUGUUAUAUGUCUCUUCAGUUAUUUUCUUGUUCUCGAGUUUAUUUUUCUUCAGGGUACAUUCGAGGCAGAACUUGCUGAGAAUUUCGUAAUCAAUGAUGAAGCCUGUAUAAACAUCUAUCAUUACACUCAUCCCAACUUUGGAUGUGUGUCCUCUCUUCAUCCAGGUGGCAUCAAAUGAAACAUCAAGCUUCAGGACACCACCUGCAUCAGGCUUCUUUGACAGGUGUUCUUCAUAGUGCUUCCUGACAGCUUCGUGAAUUUUUGUUUGUUUGGAGUCAUAGUGGCUCUUCAUCUUUUCAUAUAAGUACGUCAGGUGUCUAUAGUACUUGCAUUUUCCAACUGGUGGCAUACCUAAGGCACCCAUCAUUCUUCUGACACCUGCAAACCCUGCGUCUUCUAUUACAGACAGGUAAAGGAGGGCAAUGUUGGUCUUGCCGAUCUUUUUCUUGUUUCUUCCAACCUCCACUUCUUCAGGCUGUGAGAUGUUCUUGAAGUUGCAGGUUGUGCAGUGUAUGAUUACGGUGUUCUCAUAAACAUCAGGCUUGAAACUGUACUCCAAGGUAGGCUCAGGGCAGGAACAAUGCGAAGAAGUCAGUUUUUUCAGCCUCCUUUUUGUCAUCAUGACAAUCUCGUCACUGUCAGCAGAAUCUUCCUCCUCCUGAUGAGUUUUCAAAAGAUCUUCUCUAAUUGUGAGUAAUAAGGUCUUCUCUACCUUAUCUUUACUCUCCGCUAUGUGAGAUGUGCUGGGCUGUGGUAUGUGAGAGGUGGUGGGCAGCGGGACGGCGGCGAGGGAGGUGGCAGCGGCCGGUGUCGGGUUACUUGGUGAUAGCGGGGCGGCCGGGGUGACUGGCGGCUCGACUGGCGGCUCCAGGCGAGGUAUUUUUCCCCUUUCUGUAUCCAACUUCACGCCCCAGGCAUCCCUGCUCUGCUGCUUUCUCUUAGACAACCGUGGCAUGGUUGGCAGGAGGUAGAUUGUAGUUUGUAGUGGCGAAAUAACGCGCUUAGUAGCUGUGAGAGUGGGAGAAGUCGCGAGAGACUGAGCAACAACCUCCCGUGACAAGAGCUACGUGAGCACUGAGGAGGCAGGAUCCUUGCUGGGAGCUAGUAUCACACACACACACACUCGCCUUGAGUGUUGCCAUAUCGUAUCCAAGCAAAAAAAAGUUCAGAUUUUAGCGUUUUUUUCGUAGUAUUGGGUAAGAAAAACUUACUCUGCUGAUGUAAACAAACGCACGUGGUUGAUUGCGUGACAUUUAAAUGCCAUUUAAAGGGAAACUAUGGGGCAUUUCCCCUUAAAUCUUUACGAGAUUGCUGCCAACAAGUAUACCUACCACAUAUAUUUUUUUCACAAAAAGUCAUUAUUUUUCAUUUUUUUUUCGUCUCCAGACCGGACGCUCCCCUUAAAGGCUUGUGAUUCUCUCUCUCUCUCUCUCUCUCUCUCUCUCUCUCUCUCUCUCUCUCUCUCUCUCUCUCUGCCCCUGGACCAAGUAAAGCAAUUUUUUCAGGUGUUUGGCACAAAUAUCUCUCUCUCUCUCUCUCUCUCUCUCUCUCUCUCUCUCUCUCUCUCUCUCUCUCUCUCUCUCUCUCUCUCUCUCUCUCUCUCUCUCUCUCUCUCUCUCUCUCUCUCUCUCUCUCUCUCACAUUCCAGCAUUUGUUAAUUUUUCACCCUUGUAUCUUGGGAAGCCAUAAAUAUUUGUACUACGAAAUAUCAAAUAAAGAUGUUUUUUGGAUUA